AUGACCUGGAUCUCCAAAACAGUGACCGUCACUGGCCUCGUGCUUCUAGCGCACGCGUGUUACUCUGCCCAGGAACACUCAGUCAUCUCCUCAACGGCAGUGCACCAUGGCCAGCCGCAGCCACUUGCGACACACUCCCUCCCGAUCGAUAUAUCCAUCGAGGCGUUGGUAGCGACCUUAGUGGUUGUGCUGGGUCUGGUUAUGGGAACUCCCAAGCUUCGACCCAUCAAGUGGCACGAAUGGGCCGGAAAGAUUGAGCGCGAAGGAGAAGCUGGCUUCAAGACAGGGAGCGGUGAGGUGGAAAAGGAUUACCGCGGGAACCCUUUCAGUGUUCUCGAGACGCGACCUGGUUUUAUCGAUAUUCGCAAGGAGCGACGUGAAUUCACCAACUGGGUCAAGGGAGCAGAGAAAUAA